CUUUCAAUUGCUUAAUUUGUUUUCCCUUCAGUUUCUUUAAUUAGGGCAAUUCACACACAGUAACACACACACACGCACAGCGGCGGUGAGGUGAAUUCGUGGUGGCCAACGGCGGCGAAGAUGAUUACUACUGAUAUUCCUCCUAACCAGACAAUAUACAUCAAGAAUCUGAACGAGAAAGUCAAAAAAGAAGAGUUGAAGAGAUCUCUUUAUGCAUUGUUCUCGCAGUAUGGGAGGAUUGUCGACAUUGUUGCAUUGAAAACCGCCAAGCUUCGUGGACAGGCAUGGGUUGUGUUCAGUGAAGUGACAGCUGCAAGCAAUGCUGUACGACAGAUGCAGAACUUCCCCUUUUACGACAAACCUAUGAGGAUACAAUAUGCUAAAGGAAAAUCAGAUUGUGUUGCUAAAGCAGAGGGUACUUAUGACAAGAAAAAGAAGCUAGAAGAAAAAGUUGAGAAAAAGAAAAACGUUGAAGAAGAUCAUCAAACUACGAACGCUAAUGGUCCCAGAGCCGACACGAACGGAGGCCCAUCUGCUGGGUCUAGGCAAGGAAAGGCAGGGGUUCAAGAAGCAGUUACCGAGCCGAACAACAUACUCUUCAUACAAAAUCUGCCGUACGAAACAAACAGUAUGAUGCUUGAAUUGCUUUUCAAACAGUACCCCGGUUUUAGAGAGGUUCGUAUGGUUGAAGCAAAGCCGGGUAUUGCGUUUGUCGAAUUCGACGAUGAUUCCCAGUCUUCAGUCGCCAUGCAGGACCUUCAAGGCUUCAAAAUCACUGCACAGAAUCCCAUGGCUAUCACUUAUGCCAAGAAAUAAAUAUUCUGCUUUUUUAUAUUUUUUUUUGGGAAACAUGAUAAUUGUGUAUUAGUUCGGGAUUCAGUGGUGGUGGUAACACUGUACCCAAUUUACAUGGACGAGGCGGCAGAUUUAUUUGUUCCGAUAGUGGAGUGUGUCGAAACUGUAGUAGCUCGUGUUUUUUAUGAUCUGUAUUUUCGUGUUGCUGUGAUUAUUUAACUAUCGUUGAACUGACGAGAGAAAAUUGAACUGCUUAUUAGAUGUAUGAUUAAUGAGUUUUCCUAAUUUACAUGUGGAAUUCAGCUGUUUGGAGCCUUGGAGGUAUGUAGAAUUUCCUAGGGGGGAAACUAUAUAAAAAAUGAUUAAUGAUUGUAUUUUUGGCUU